AUGGCACUCGUCUCAGGCAGCAGCAUCACAGCUCUCUCUUCUUCCUCGCUCAUCUCCAACAAGCUUCAUGUCCAAUCGCAAUCGCCCACAAGCUCCAUCGGGACAAGAAAUCUAGUAGUAGUAAGAGCGUCCUCGAACAAAUCAAGGGAUGGUGGCGAUGGCGGCAUCAGCGGCGUUCUCGACGGCACCAAGAAGGAGAUAACCCGCGAGGAGGUGCUCAAGAACCAGGCCGAGAACGAGUCGGAGAAGCGCUCCGUGUUUGGAGCCGUCCCAUCGUCCGGAUCAUUCUAUCCCAGGCCAGAGGUCGAGAGGCGACCAGAGACUGGCGAUCGAUCGUUCCCCAGCUUGAUGGCGUUCGAUGGAGCCGGCCCGGAAACGAUCAACGGAAGACUGGCAAUGGUUGGAUUGGUGUGGGCAUCCGCAAUGGAGCGAAUGACGGGACAAACGGUGGCGGAGCAGCUCUACUCUCCGGGGAGCACUGGUCUUUUCCAUUUCCUAACGGUGGCACAGCUUUUCGCGUACGCGUCGCUGGUGCCCAUGUUUAAGGGCGAGAGCCCCGACAGUAGAUCAAUUGGGCCGUUUAGAGCCAUGGCGGAGCGCUGGAACGGGCGAACAGCGAUGCUUGGAUUCCUCGCCCCGAGAUAUACAGCAAAAAAUAGUUCGGGAGAUACAAAGUGUCUCCUUAUUAACUGGAACUGGUUUCAUUGGAAUUCUUUGCAGCUGCAUGCUCAAGUUCCUCCAGGAGCUCACCGCCAUCCGGACUUCGAGAGCGCCCAGCUGGUAGUGACGGACAUAGUGAACACAUCCAAAGUGUAUUCCAGCUUCUUAUCUUCAGUGGGAGCAUCAGUAGAUGAUGACGAUGAGAGGCAGAUGAUCGUCAUGGAUGGCUGGCUGGAGUUUGAGGCUGCAGCUCAAAUUGCUGUGCACAUCAAGGAGAGUGGACGCGCUGCUGCUAGAAAAGACCGAUGGCUUCUAGCGUGGUAA